ACCAUUGGUCGCCAUGGAGAAAAGAGGGAGAGGGUGAGAGAAAGCAGCAGCAGAGCAUAUCUUAUUGAGCAGCCAAGAAAGCAAGGUAUUGGAAGGAAUUGAGGAGGAGAGGAAGUGAUGGAACAGCAUGAGCUUUCUUCUUCCUCUUCCUCUUCUGAACCCUCUUCUCCUUCGUUUUCUUCUUCGUCUUCGUCAUCGUCCUCGUCCUCGCUGCUGAGGCAGUGCAGGAUUUGCCAUGAGGAGGAGGAUGAGUGGUGCGCUGCAAUUGAGUCCCCCUGUGGAUGCUCUGGCUCUCUCAAGUAUGCUCACAGGGGAUGUGUGCAGAGGUGGUGUGAUGAGAAGGGGAGCACACUCUGUGAGAUUUGCCUCCAGAAUUUUGAGUCAGAUUACACCAUCCCUCCCAAGAAAGUGCAGGUUGUUGAAACGGCAGUCACUGUCAGAGACGAGGAGAUGCUCCCUGAGGAACUCUCUCAGGAGGAUCAGGAGCAGUAUGCAGGAUCCGAGGCGCAGACGGGUAAUGGAGACUGCUCCUCAUGGUGCCGAUCAUUGACGAUAACGUUCACCAUUAUGCUGCUGGUGUGGCAUCUCAUUGCAGUGGUGACAAUUGAAGCGGCGGAUCACUGUGCAUUCAGCCUUGUCACAAUAUUCUUACUUCGGGCUGCUGGAAUCUUGUUGCCGUUCUAUGCUAUCAUGCGGAUGGUCCGCAUGAUUCAGCAGGGCCAACGACAGUUUCGGUUGCAGCUGCUUCAGGAUCAACGGAGAAGAAACGCAUCAAACUUGCACAGUAUGAGUGGCCAGGAGCAGCACCAGCAGCUUGUAAUUAAUGUUCACUGAACAAAUGAACUUAAAUGCUUCUACAUUGGAAGGUCACAGGAAUGUGCAAUAUGUGUUGAGGGGAAUAUGUUCAACAUUUGUAAAAUUUUAGUAUAUUUGUAGAUAGCAUAGUAAAAACCAUGAAUCUGCAGUCUGAUACAGUUUCGACUUACCAGUGCCAUGGACGCCUCAAAUAUGAAUGAAGGUUCAAAUAAGUGAAGAUUGCAACAAAAGAAAAAGACUAUUUUUUUCUUUUUUCUUUUUUCUUAAUUUGUUUGUCAUGAC